AUGGUGGUUUCCAAGAUGGAUGGUAGCGGGAUGCUAGAAACCUGCAGUUUCAAGUUUGAGAUAAAUGCAAAGCUCUUAUUGAUGAUCUGGCUCAGCGACGAGGCGAUCUCCGGUGUAAGCAAGCUGGAUCUUGAAGAGCCCUCAACGGAAGACUUUGUUGGUGACUUUGGCCACUCCAUCAACAAAGGCCGUUUGCACAAAAUCAGAUGGCAUCGAAUGUGUAAGCAAGUUCUUCCAAAUGGUGAUGAAUUGCGAACUCUCAAGAAGGAAGAAAUUGCUACCAGAACUGCCAUCUUUUUCAGUUGCAUAGUUGAACAGCCCCAUAAGAAUGAUCCAACUGACCAGCUGUUUCUCAUAGUUCACAUUUGA